AUGGCGGCCUCCGUGAGGGUCGGGAGCGCGGUCUCGGUGCCCGCCGCAGCCCGAGGUCCCGCGCGGCGAGCGGCGCAGCAGAUCCCCGAGGAGAUCCUCGGUAACGCAGAGCUGCGGGAAGCGGCAGAGGCCCUGCCCCGAAACUACAACUUCGAGAUCCCCAAGACCAUCUGGCGGAUCCGGCAGGCUCAGGCCAAGAAGGUGGCCCUGCAGAUGCCGGAAGGGCUCCUCAUGUUCGCCUGCACCAUCGCAGACAUCGUUGAGCGGUUCACGGACGCGGAGGCGGUGGUGAUGGGUGACGUGACCUACGGCGCGUGCUGCGUGGACGACUACACGGCCCGGGCCCUGGGCGCUGAUUUCUUGGUGCACUACGGACACAGCUGCCUGAUUCCCAUCGACGCCACGCAGGGGCUGAAGAUGCUUUAUGUGUUUGUGGACAUAAAGAUCGACACGUCCCAUUUCCUCGAGACCAUUCGCUUCAACUUCGCAGCGGGCACCUCCCUGGCCCUCGUCAGCACCAUCCAGUUCGUCUCCACGGUGCAGGCAGCAUCACAGGAGCUGCGCUCCCAGUACAAGGUGUGUGUGCCCCAGUGCAAGCCACUGUCCCCAGGGGAGAUCCUGGGCUGCACAUCGCCCCGGCUCGCCCAGGACACAGACGCCAUCGUGUAUUUGGGUGACGGGCGCUUCCACCUGGAGUCCAUCAUGAUUGCCAACCCGGGGAUACCUGCCUACAGUUUCCCUGGCCUUUCCAACUGCAAGAUUAAACAGAAGAAAAGAGUCAACCUGCAGAGCGGCUGGCAGGGCCCUUAA